AUGACAUCUGAAGAAAAGAAGGAGCGACCCAUAAGUAUGAUAAAUGAAGCUUCCAAUUACCUGGCUUCCGACUAUGCUGUGCAUCCCAUGAGCCCUGUGGGCAGAACGUCACGGGCCUCCAAAAAGGUUCAUAAUUUUGGAAAAAGGUCCAAUUCAUAGAGGAAUCCAAACGCCCCUGUGGUGAGGCGCGGCUGGCUGUAUAAGCAGGACAGUACUGGCAUGAAGCUGUGGAAGAAACGCUGGUUUGUGCUUUCCGACCUUUGCCUGUUUUAUUACAGAGAUGAGAAGGAAGAGGGGAUUCUGGGAAGCAUCCUGCUGCCUAGUUUUCAGAUAGCCAUGCUUACCUCUGAGGACCACAUCAAUCGCAAGUAUGCAUUUAAGGCAGCCCAUCCGAACAUGCGGACCUAUUAUUUCUGCACUGAUACAGGAAAGGAGAUGGAGCUGUGGAUGAAGGCCAUGUUAGAUGCUGCCCUGGUGCAGACAGAGCCUGUGAAAAGAGUGGACAAGAUUACAACUGAAAGUGCAUCAACUAAAGAAACCAAUAACAUCCCCAACCACAGAGUUCUCAUUAAACCAGAGGUCCAAAACAAUCAGAAAAAUAAGGAAAUCAGCAAAAUUGAGGAAAAAAGAGCCUUAGAAGCUGAGAAAUACGGAUUUCAGAAGGAUGGCCAAGAGAGACCAUUAACAAAAAUUAACAGUGUGAAGUUGAACUCUCUGCCCUCAGAAUAUGACAGUGGGCAAGCCUGCCCACCUCAGAACGUGCACUAUAGACCCAUCAAUGUGAAUGGUUCAGAUGGCAAAGCAGAUGUCCGGGGUGGACCCCCCACAGAAGCUGAUCGAGUCCUUCAGAGAACAAACUCAAUGCAGCAGCUGGAGCAGUGGAUUAAAGUGCAGAAAGGACGGAGUCUUGAAGAGGAGCCCCGAGGGUGCUUCCUUAUCAAAACAUUGCCAAGAAAUAUGCCAAGCCACCGAGCCCAGAUUGUGGCCCGCUACCCUGAAGGUUACCGAACACUCCCAAGAAACAACAAGAUCAGGCCUGAGAGCAUUUGCAGUGUGGCGCCUUCUGGCCAGGAGAAGGCUGGGCCCGGAGCAGAAGAGAAGCGGCGGUCCAUGAGGGAUGACACCAUGUGGCAGCUGUAUGAGUGGCAGCAGCGCCAGUUUUACCACAAGCAGAGCAUCCCUCGGCACGGCUGCCUGAGCAGCCCCAAGGCCAUGGGAAGCCCUGACCAGACGAUGCACUCCAUCCCCACGUCACCUUCCCAUGGGUCCGUAGCUGCUUACCCAGGAUUCUCCCCGCCACGAACAUAUAGGUCAGAAGUGUCCUCACCCAUCCAGAGAGGAGAUGUCACGGUAGACCGCAGGCACCGGGCGCAUCACCCUAAGCAUGCCUAUGUACCUGACAGAAGGUCAAUGCCAGCUGGCCUAGCCUUAGCGGCUGUUAGUCCCCAGAGCCUCCAAGGCAGAACGCCAGAGGAGCUUACGCUGCUGCUCAUAAAGCUGAGACGGCAGCAAGCGGAACUGAGUAGUAUCCGGGAGCAUACCUUAGCACAGCUCAUGCAGCUGAAACUUGAGGCCCACAGCCCAAAGAAUGAAAUUCUUUCACAUCAUCUUCAAAGGAACACCAUGUAUUUGGAUCAUCAGAUGAAAGAAAAUGAACCUAUUAUCACCAUGGUUCACACAAUGAUUGAGAACUCGGCGCUAAGACCACAACUGUACCAACAAUUCUUAAGACAGAAGAACCAGAUAAGUCUCUAUUGUCUGUCACAAGAUGAAUGUAGAGGCCCAUUGUACAAAUACAGACCCGAAGAAGUAGAUAUUGAUGCCAAACUAAGCAGAUUGUGUGAACAGGAUAAAGUGGUCCGCGCCCUGGAGGAGAAGCUGCAGCAGCUCCACAAGGAGAAAUACACGCUCGAGCAGGCCUUGCUGUCUGCCAGCCAGGAGAUAGAGAUGAAUGCAGACAACCCAGCCGCCAUCCAAACUGUGGUGCUGCAGAGGGAUGACCUGCAAAACGGACUGCUGAGCACGUGCCGAGAACUCUCCCGAGCCACUGCUGAGCUGGAACGAGCCUGGAGAGAAUAUGACAAGUUAGAAUAUGAUGUGACUGUCACCAGGAACCAGAUGCAGGAGCAGCUUGAUCGCCUUGGGGAAGUGCAGAGCGAAUCAGCAGGGAUUCAACGGGCACAGAUUCAAAAAGAACUUUGGAGAAUUCAAGAUGUCAUGGAGGGCUUGAGCAAACACAAACAGCAAAGAGGCUCCUCAGAAACAGGUCUGGCAGGAUCAAAGCCUUUCUCAGCAGUUAAGUACAAGAGUGAGGGUCCAGACUAUAGACUCUACAAGAGUGAGCCAGAGUUGACCACAGUAGCUGAAGUUGAUGAAUCUAACGGAGAAGAAAAGUCAGAACCGGUUUCUGAGACGGAAGCUCCUGUUGUUAAAGGUUCCCACUUUCCAGUUGGAGUUCCUCUGAGAACGAUGUCACCCACACCGGAAUCCUCGACAAUAGCUUCCUAUGUGACCUUGAGGAAGACGAAGAAGGUGGAGCUAAGAACGGAAAGACCGAGAAGCGCAGUGGAACAGCUCUGUCUGGCUGAGAGCGCUCGGCCUAGGAUGACCGUGGAAGAGCAAAUGGAGAGGAUAAGGAGACACCAGCAGGCCUGCCUGCGGGAGAGGAAGAAAGGACUGAGUGUCAUCAGUGCUUCCGACCAGUCGCCCUUACAGAGUCCUGCUGUGCGGGACAAUCCUUUCAGGGUCACUCAGACUCUAAGGAGGGAGGACACGGUUCAGGAGCUAGACACCAUCCACAGAGAAAAUGAUGGAAAGCCAGACCACGAAACCCCGGCAGCAGAAACUGUUCUACUAGAAGAAGCUGAACCCCGGAAGGUGAAACUCGGCAGAAAGCUUCAAAGAACUGAAAGUAUUUUCUAUGAAAUGCUUUACACGCCUGAGCCCAAUGGAAUGAAUUCUGAGGGGGUGAUGGACAAAGAAAGUCAUGAAGGUCAGGCACUUGAAGACGUUCCCUGCAGCCCUCAAGAAGAGGAGAUGACAAACCACCGGGCAGAAGGCCACCCAGAAGAAGUAGAGAGUCAUCAUGAAGAAGAGGAAACUCUUGCUUCUCUGGAGCCACCUCCUGAGAUUCCUAGAGAGAACCAAACCACAGUGAAAAGUCUGUCCCUGUCUCCUGAGUCCUCCACGUCACCAGAUCCGCCCUCUCCGCCAAAGCUCACAGAAGGAUCGCAUUUCAUGUGUGUGUAGUCUCAAAACUGCACUGACUCCUGAGAGCACACAGAGCUGAAGCUGUGGACCCUCAGCGAUGGAAGAAGAUGUUGUACAGUAUACCUUAAAUCUAUGAAAUUCAUAGUUCUGAUGCUUCUGACCUCAGAGCAUCGUUUUAUCACCUUUGGAAAAUGUUUAUUCCAAAAUAGCUUUAAUGGCCCAUGCGUGCACUCCGUAGUCUCAAGGUCGCCAUCCUCCACCAGUGCUGCUGUAGUCAGAGCAUACCAGUCCAGGCCCUUUCUCCCUCGCGCUCCAUCCAGAGCUUGCUUAGUUGCAGUUCCCAGAUUCAGAUGCUUAAGUCUAGGUGAAUUUACGUUGCUUUGGCUUUUCCGCAAAGCUAUACUUUCGUGUGAAGCUUGUUUUCUUUCCUUUUUUUUCUUCCCAUUUUGGCUACUGCAGUACUUUGUUUGACACUUGAUUUGUAAAAAUUUUAUAUAAAUAUAUUUAAAAUGUGCCAUUUUAUUACUGCUAAGUGAAGUAUGUCCUGUUUUCUGCUAUAAUUCUUCCUCGGUCAGAUUGCACCGUCAGCGGUCACUGCCACACUCUGUCAGCUUCAACACAAAUGCUACUGCUUAGCUUUUCUUUAAAAAGCAAAACAAUUACAAGUGUAGGUAUUUUGAAGUACUGGACUUUUCCGUCAUUGGAAUAGAUGUGUACAGCAAUAAGCAGGCUUUUAGAUCCAGUACUUGGUCUGUGUACAGAUGUAAUUAUGUUCAUUGUAGAUGUUAUACAAUGAGCACAUGUAAUAAAGGCUGCUUACUAUAGUUUAAUGCAAAUGUUCAUAUCUCAUUUCUUUUUUAUCAUGUUAAAUAAAUGUUGAUGUUCUUAAA